UCAAAGUACACUUCAUGCCCUACGUAUUCUGAAGUUAACCAAGUGGGCUGGCGUGGUAGUUUCCCAAUUGUAUUUCUGAUAAUCUUCGCUACAAUCAUGUCUGCAGGUAAAAAAGGUAAAAAGAAGAAAAAUUGUAAAACCGUCGAUUUAAUGUCAUUUUUGGCUGAUGGUGGUGGAACCCCUACCAUACCUUUGAAGUCUACGAGUUGGGCCGAUGAUGUCGAAGAUGAGCAUGAAGGUGGAUAUACUUCAAGGAGUAAUAAAGAACCAGUUGUUUUGCCUACUGCACCUAGAGCAGCAAGAGGUUCACGUAUCGAUGAAGAAAAUAUUCCUACAAAUCCUCCUUUUGUUGCAUAUGUAACUAGUUUACCUUAUGAAGUAGAUGAGGAUGAUCUUUUUGAAUUUUUUGCUGAAAUGAAGGUGUCUAGCGUGCGUUUACCUAAAGAUCCAAACAAACAACUUAGAGGAUACGGUUAUGUUGAAUUUGAAGACCGUCAAAGUUUAAUUGACGCUCUUUCAAUGACAAAUACUACUAUGAAAACUAGGCGUAUUCGUAUUGAAGUUUCAAACAGCAGUAACGAUGAACGACGUGGUGGUCGUUUAGGUAGAGACAAUCGCAGGGAUACCUACGAUGAUCCUGAACGUACUUCUGGGGAUUGGAGAAGUAGGCCUAGGGAUGAACCCGCAGGAUCAGAAGGUGGUGAUACUUAUCGUAGACCUUAUGACAAUAGGGAAAGAGAGAGAGAAAGAGAAGUUACUGAUGAUAAGCCUGGAGCAUGGCGUAAUAGAAGCGAAGAUGACAGAGGAAGAUCUGCCUUCAAGGAUAGAGGUUUUAGGGAUGACGAUAGGGAUAAGGAAUGGUCACGUUAUGGUGACAGAGGUGGUAGUAGAGAUAGAGAUGGUGAUAGAGAUAGAGAUAGAGGUAGCAGYUUUGGUCCACGUCGCGAUUAUGGAGAUUGGGAACGUGAUGGUCGUAAUAAAGAUGGAAAAGGAAAUUUAGAAACAAAGCCCACUGAAACACGAACCAGACCAAAGUUACAAUUGCAGCCUCGCACUAAGCCUAUUGAACCGUUAAAUGUUAAAGAAGAAAAAUCUGAAUCGACAACUACAUCUACUUCCACCUCAUCUGCACCUGCUACUAAUAUUUUUGGUGCAGCUAAACCCGUCGAUACUACUGCCAGAGAGAGAGAAAUAGAAGAACGUCUCGCUAAAUCAUACGCAGAGUCAAGAUUGAAGGAAGAAGCAGAAAACGAAAAACGCAAGGAAGGUACAUGGGGUCGUCGAAAUGGAGAGGAUCGUGAUGAUAAAGAAAAGGAUAAGAGUCGUGAAACCUGGAGAUCAGAUGCAGAUAAAAAAUGGGCUGACAAAUCAACGACAUCAUCUCACAGUCAGCAUUCGACUACUGCGCGUUCUGAUCAACAUGGAGAUUCUAGAGCGGAUUCCAAAGGAGAUUCCAAAGGAAGUUCCAAGGGGGAUUCCAAAGGUGAUUCGAAAAAUUCCAAUUCUCGCAGUGGUCCGGCACCAACGAAAAAAACUGAUAAUCGUGGAUUGGAUAACAGGGAACGAAAGGAUAGAGAUAAGGAGAAGGAUGAACUCGAUAGAAUGCCCAAGGCAAAAGACGAAAAAGCUCCAAAUUUUGUCGUUUCCAACAAGUAUUCCAUGUUACCUGAUGACGCGGAUCCAGACAUAAUUGAAGAUUAGUCGUAUCAUCAUAAUUUAACAUGCCACAACGGGCAUGCUAAUUGGUCUAUAUGCAUAUAUUACUAAUGUUUGAUUUACAAUUAAAACUACGUAUCCCACAUUCAUUCACAAAGCAAGAAGGCAUAUUCUUCUCUUGGUACUAUUUUACAGGAAUUAUUGUUGAUUUAUAUAUAUAUAUAUAUAUAUAUAUUAUAUAUAUAUUUAAUCUAUUUUAUUAUUCCGAAUAUAAUUAUCAAUCUUCUUCUAUUUGUGUAUUUGAUUUAUAUUUAAUAAUAUUAAUGAGUACUUUUUAUGUCACUAAAUCAACGUGGAAAAGUUUUCAUAUUAUUAUAUUUUUAAAAAAAGGAAUUAUUAUUUCAAUACCUCAUGCAUACAUAUAUAUAUAUAUGUAUAUAUAUAUAUAUAUGUAAUAUAAUAAUUCUAUAAAUAUUGCAUUUUCAUGAAAUAGGAAUUGGGAUUUUAUUUGUUGUAGAGUUGUUGUACAUUGUAUCUUAUUUACAAUAUAAUAUAUCAAUACUGAUACAGUUAUGCCAGAUGCUGUGUUAUUAUAGUAUUUUUUACGAUACAGUACGAUGUUUUUUCAUGUAUCAUCUAUAAAAAAAAGAAAAAAAAGAAAAUCGAAGUAACAAAAGAUGAAACACCUUUGUCAAUCGAAUUAACUUUGUGCUACGUACGCUGUACUCGUUGUAUAUCAAAUUCAAAUUAUAAUAUAACAAGGAAUUAUCACA